AGCUGCCAUUAUUCACCACGCAGCAGCCACACCGACUGAGGUGGUUUCUAGCUUUUGCUGCACAUACCUCCGACGCGCCGUUUCCCGAACCCGACACCGAGCAGCACCAUGAACGGCCAGAUCAAUGGUUUGCACCAGAGCCUACUGGACGAGAGGACGUUCCUGUUCACUUCUGAGUCCGUGGGCGAAGGUCAUCCAGAUAAAAUCUGCGAUCAGAUUAGUGAUGCGGUGCUGGAUGCCCACCUCAAACAAGACCCUGAUGCCAAAGUUGCUUGCGAGACUGUCGCAAAAACUGGUAUGAUUCUGCUGUGUGGUGAGAUUACCUCCAGGGCCUCUGUUGACUAUCAGAAGGUUGUACGAGAUACAAUUAAACAUAUUGGAUACAAUGAUUCCUCAAAAGGCUUUGACUACAAGACCUGCAAUGUUCUGGUUGCUUUGGAACAACAAUCUCCAGAUAUUGCACAAGGAGUUCAUCUGGAUAGGAAUGAAGAAGAUAUUGGUGCUGGAGAUCAAGGCCUUAUGUUUGGUUAUGCCACAGAUGAGACUGAAGAAUGCAUGCCCCUGACCAUUGUUCUUGCUCACAAACUGAAUGCCAAAAUGGCUGAGUUACGCCGUAAUGGCACUCUGCCCUGGCUCCGACCAGAUUGCAAAACACAGGUUACUGUGCAGUACCUGCAGGACCAUGGUGCUGUUAUUCCUAUCCGUGUGCACACAAUUGUUAUAUCUGUGCAGCAUGACGAAGAUGUUCCACUGGAUGAGAUGAGGGAUGCUCUGAAGGACAAAAUAGUCAAGGCUGUGGUGCCUUCCAAGUACUUGGACGACGAGACCGUAUAUCACCUGCAGCCCAGUGGACGUUUUGUUAUUGGUGGACCACAGGGAGAUGCGGGCCUCACUGGCCGAAAGAUCAUUGUUGACACCUAUGGUGGAUGGGGUGCACACGGGGGUGGUGCUUUCUCUGGCAAGGACUACACCAAAGUGGAUCGUUCUGCUGCUUAUGCUGCUCGAUGGGUUGCCAAGUCUCUGGUAAAAGCUGGUCUGUGCCGACGUGUCCUUGUGCAGGUAUCCUAUGCUAUUGGAGUAGCACACCCUUUGUCCAUCUCCAUUUUCUCCUACGGCACAUCUGAAAUGAGUGAGAAGGAACUUCUGGGGAUUGUGAAGAAAAACUUUGAUCUGCGUCCGGGUGUUAUUGUCAGGGAUUUGGACUUGAAGAAGCCAAUUUACCAGAAGACAGCAGCCUACGGCCAUUUUGGUAGGGAUAGCUUCCCCUGGGAAGUGCCUAAAAAACUUAAGUGCUGAGUGUAAAGUCUUUCUCCCCAGAUCUGUUGGUGUAUAAUACAGAGAAGCUGCAGACUCGGGGAGAAAGACCCUUUCCAUAUAUCCUGUCCUCCCAUUACUCCCAUUUGCUAGUGGCGGAAUCUAUUAUCUUCUUUACUCCCAUUCUCUAUCACGCGGAGUUUGUCCUUGACCCUCUUGUGCUAGCCACUGAAUUGCUAAUAUGUAGUUUCUGUUCAGGGUGAGGGUUGAAAGGGACCAUAAAGCAGAGGAUCAAUUUUUUUGGGUUUGGAUGACCAGACACUAAGUGUCCCCAUUACAACUGUAACCCUAUGUCUGCAAGACCUGCUUUGCAUAAUCAUGCCCCAAAUGAAACCUAUAGUGUUGCUUGUACACAAAGGUCAGUGCUUGUCCCAAACAUUGGGACACUUACAGUAAUGGUGCUUAAUGUGUAGUCCUGGCCCAUAGUGUGGUUUAAAUGUCCUGACUAUCAUGCAGUCCUAUUUGGAUUACCAAUUUGGAGUUUCAACUUCUUACCAACCCCUAUUUUUCUUUGAGGACGUACGUAAUGAUUUUUAAACAGCAAAAGGGUUUUCAAAGGAAUUAACAACUAGCUAUGCAUCGUUGUUUCUGCACUAGCCAAACCUCAUUUUUAAACUUUGUUUUGAACAGGCUCUUCUGGCAAGGGUUCCCUCCAAGGCCUGUAGGUUGCACACUUUUGGUAUUUUUUAAAAUCUUUAAGGAAAUAUCCAUAACUGCACAAUGAGCUCCUGGGUUUCAGUCAAGUGGACAUAGCAGCCAUUGUUGUUGAAGCUGGUGUAGAUACAGAGAAGCCAGUGAAAUGAUGGCUCCAGGAAUCUAACCUUCAUACUUGAAUAAUAUUACGUUCCUAUUUAUUCUGAGACCUGGCGUAGUUACAGAGAAGCCAGUGUCGCAGUAGGCAGCUUAGAAAAGUCAUAUUUUUUAUGAGAGAAAUAUAUUGCAAUUCCUUCAGUCACAGUAUCCCUGGUAAGCCUAAGGUGUCCUACAGAAAGCUCUUGGGCUUGACCUACAAGGGGUCUGGCUGGUGUUAAACACAGGGGCAGGCAUGUCCAGCAGUUGGUGAGUGCCUCUUGGCUGGUGUUGUACAGAGAAGCUGGCCUGUUUACAUGCUCUCAGCCACUGCUGUGAUUGGCAAGUGCCUUUUUGUAACUUAGCAGUUAUUACGUAUGUCUGUUAUCAGAAGUCCAAAUGCUAGAUCUCAAUAAAGUGCUAGGUUCUCCAUAUAAAACUG